AUGUUAGGAGGCGGCAACCCAGCUGAUUUACAUGGGCGACAGAACAGGGACGUAAUAAAUCGGUGUCGCCUUGGAAAUAAUAUUGAUAUUUCAGGAUUAAAAAUAAGGAUGGAAUAUAUUCUUGCUAUUGCUGUCAUGAGCACUAAAGAUUUGAGGACUGAUUCUGCUCUGGGUGCACAUAUUAACAACGAUGGGAGCACAAAGUAUCCCCAGAGCCAGAGUGGCAAUGCACUUCAAAAUAAUGCAAUUAAAGCAUGUCCAGACAUUGGAACAAACCCUUUGGUUAAAGUGGAUGUACAGACCUCGCGGCCGUGUGCUAUAAUAGGACCUGAUCGUGUGUUGCCAUCGCCUACUUCGAAUGAUGGCUUCAUAAAAAAGGUGCCAGUUGAAUGGCCCUGCUCUAACAACAUGUACUGUCAACCUCCAGAGCAUUCACAAAAGAUUUCUGAAUAUCAGCCAACUAGAAAUAUAUCUCCUCGACAAACAUUUCAAGAAAACAUGCAAAGAAUUAUGGUGUCACCCUACAGUUCCAUGAAAAUGAAUGAUGAUACAAAUUUUGCUCCUGAUAAAAGUGUUACAAUGUUAAAAAAAUUAAAUAUACCUUUGGACGGAAAAUUUUGUGAUGUGCCUUAUACAGUUAAUCAUCCAUGUAAUGAACAAAAAAGUGCUCGAGUUAUUGAUAUGCCUGCGUCUAACACAAAUUCAGGAAUGACUCGAAGUGUACCACAUGGAUGGCCGACAACUAAUGUCCGACCUUUAAGACCUUACGGUGUUUCUGAUCUUUAUCAAUAUUCUAAUUAUCCCAGUUGUGCUGGUCCAAGAUCAAUGCCAAUGCCAAUCAUCAGACCUCAUCAAACAGGUCAUGAUGAACCUGGUCGAAUGUAUCCUGAAAGAUAUUAUCAAGAAGCAAAUGUUCGUUUCAGACCAUACCCACCAUCAAAAGAAAGGUAUCCACAUGGCAGGUAUGACUAUAUCAAUAAUUAUUCAAAUACACUUCAUCCGCCUCCCCCUUUUCCACCUCAUACAUUUGAUUCACAGAAAUCAAUACCAACUCAUUCAUAUCCUUUAUAUCCUCAAGUUCCACUAAAGUAUAUUGAUAGGAGAAUGGGUGAACCUAUUAUGGAUGGUUUCCAAAGGACAACUACACAAGCACCAAAUCUUAACAUAACAUAUCGAGGUCCUAUAAUUCAUCCAUCAUAUGGUACUUUGCCUGCAAACUGUAUACAAAACAAUAUGUUUCCUUAUCCAUCAGACACUUCUCCCAAAUCAGGGGCAUCAAACAAAUUACCUUAUAUUGUAGAUUAUGAAACACAUCAAAAUAAAAAUGAUGUAAGCCGUACACAUUCUAUGAAAAGUGAAUUAGUAUACUCAAACUAUCCAUCUCAUAAUAUGCAAUCUAUACCUCAGCACUCAUUUUACCGAAAAGAAAACUUACCAUCCAAAAAUUUUGAGUAUAUGCCACAUUUUAGAAAUUUAGAUCAAUUUGGUAAUUUUCAUAACCCAUUAUUACGACAUUCAGUACAUUUCUCCCCGAAUGCUGUUGCAAUGUCUCCAUCAGAUUCUAACACUAGCAAUGAUACUCAAAUACACAGUGCAACUCAAGAAGAUUGCGGUUAUGUAAGUCAGUCAUCUACAACUAGUGUAAGAAGUGUCGAUUCACACACUAGUGGAAUACCAAUUGAACACCAGACAUUUCAAUCAUCUCAUUAUGGAUAUGGGUUUUUACCGAGGAAUUUACAAAUGCAAAUCCCUAAAAACAGCAAAAAUUCUAAAACAAAAAAAGACUUAGAUGUAAGACAGUUUUUACAAAUGUGGAAUGAAGGGGAUGAUGAAACAAGUGAACAAAACAAAGAUGAGAACAUUUUAAAAGAUUCUAAUAAUUUAAAUAACAUACCUAGUCACUAUGAAACUGCAAAUAAACAGGAACAACUUUAUGUUCUUGGCUUAGUGAAUGUACCAAGUGAAGAACUAGGCAAGUAUGAUCAUAUACAAAAAAUUUCCAAACUACCAGAAAAUAUUAAGGGUUACAAUAGUAUUGAACUUUUAAACCAGUUUGAAGAAGUAAUUGAAUCAUCAAAUAUUAGAAAUUUUAAUUUAAAUUCACGAAGAGAAUAUGAUACACCGAUUAAAAGUGCUAUGUCGAGGCAAAUGGUAAAUGAGUCUCGGCCUAUAUCACCACUAGAUGUUGAGGCUAAAAUAAGCCAAUCAGUUAUUCAUAAAGAAGUAGGAUGUAAUUUUGAAAUAAAACCAUGUAGUCCAAAAAUGUUAAAUGUUGAAAUUGCCACACCUAUACAGAGCUUAUUAGACGAACGAGUAAUAGAAAAGGUAUCUAAUCCGAUUGUCACAAAACCUGCUUUGUUACAGAAAGCAAACACUGUUGAAAAUAGGAAUUUUCCUAAUUCUCCAAAUUAUGAAAAUUCUUCAAAAGAGGUUACCAAUGUAUCAAGUUGUACAAUGGAAAAUGUAAAGUAUGCGAAUGAUAAUUGCACUGUUGCAAGUAAAGAAAAUUACAGUUUACAAGAUUUAGAAUAUAAUUCAAGUGUGUGUUUAGCUUCUUUGCCUAGACUUGAUAAUGAUAUUGAAUUAAAUUUUCCGGAAAUAAAUCAGCAAUUUAUGAAUGCAAAUAAAAUAGAAUCAGCAAUAACACUUCCAUCUGUAAAAGAUUUACCUAUGUUAGAUACGGAGCAAGUAGAUAGAAAGUUUUAUAAAGAAAAAAUAGGACAUGAAAGACAAAUUUCUUCAAAAACUGAAUCAGAUAAAGAAGUUACAAAAUUAAGUAAGUAUCGGAAAUUAAAGAAAACUGAUUUUGAACAAAAAGAAAGUCAUAACCAAACAAAUACUUUUGUUAAAAUGCAAUUUAGAACAGACAGUGUCAUUAUUAAAAAUCCAGAUAAGAAAAAAGAUCAAGAUGGACCAAGCUCUAUUGAUAAUGUCGAAAACAUAGAUAAAAAUUAUUUGUGUGAACAAGCACCACAAGUAAAUAACAACGAAGGGCAAAAUUCGAACAUACUAGAAGAUACUGCUAUUGAUUUUAGUUUACAUAAAAAUGAUACUGAUUCAAUAAAAGAAUGCCAUAUAGAACAAAAUACUGUGAGUGAAUCACUGCUUAAUAUAAUAGAUGAGGACUUAAAUAUUCCAGAAGCAUAUGAAACGUCUGAAUUUCAAAUAAUCCAAAAUAAUGAUAAAUCAAAUGAUAUUAAUGAAAAUGUAAAACCUGGCAAACUUAGUGACAGUUACACUAGUGCAGAACUGUUUAAUGAACUGAGUAAAGAAACUUCCAAAACUAGUUAUGAAAAUGUACAUUCAGAGAGUAACACGACUAAAACCAUACGUGAAGGAUUUUGUGAAGUAAUAUCGUCUGAGCAUAAACUGUGUUACAACACAGGCAUUAACACUAUAAAUACAUGUGAUUCAAUGUUUAACAGUGCCCAAACGAAUGAUAAAGAAUAUCAUUUACUCCCUAACAUUACAUGUGGCAUAGAAGAAGCAUCACAACACAGCCUAAGUACAAUUUCUUCAGAAAGUCCUCAUAUAGAUAAAGUUUUGGAAAUCAAUACAAAUACAAUUAUUUGUGAGGGAAGUCAUAACGAAAACGAUUUGACUCAUGAAUUAAAAAUAAAAGUUUGUGAUCAAAAAGAAUUUAAUAAUGAACUAUGUAAUAAAGAAAUGAAUAAAAAUAUUACGAAUUCACCAGAAGAUUCACAAUCUAUGUCUGAUAUUACCUGCAUGAACAACGAUCACAGUCAAAAUGCAGAUCUCCGGGUACAGACUAUUCAAAAUAAAUCAGAACAUACCAGCAAAACUAACAUAAAGUCACUGGAUGUCAAAAAUAUAACUGGAAAAAGAAUAUCUGAUAACAAAGGUAAUGCUGGUAAGACAAAAAACAAUUUUCGCUUUAAAAAACGGUUAUGUAGUGCUUCGGUACAGAACCUUAUAUUAUUCAGUGAAGGGAUAUGUUUAAAAGAAAAUGAUUUUAAAAAUCAAUGUGAAAAUUUGAGUAUAAAUAGCACCAUUACAUUAUCCUUACAAAAAGGCAAUAUGAAUAACUUAAACCUAGAAAAGUCAUCUCCUCAAACAGAAAAUGUUUGCGUAGAAAACCAUGUAAAUAUGGAUAUAGUUAAUAUGAAUACAAAAAUUGGAAUGAAUGGAAAUGUUUCAGAUAAUGUAAGUGAAGUUGACAUCAGUACUAAUUUGCUUAAUGAACAGUUCAAUUGUAAAAACAAAGAAAACUGUAGAGAAAAUAAUCAUGAAAACCCUCAAAACUUUGGCAAUUCUUCAAACAACAAUGUUAGCUGUAAAGAUGAAAAAGUUGACUCGGUACAAUCUGAAUUGAAACAUGGUGUUUGUUAUUUAAAAAAUAGUGCAGAUAUAAACGUUGUGUGUAAUACUAUUUCGAAAAAUGAUCAGAUUUGUGAAGAUACAAAACUAUUAUCAAGUGAAAUAAAUUGUAACAAUAUUGAAAAAAAAGGCAGUGAUAUGCUUGAGAAAGAAUUUUUAAAUGAACAUAAACAAGUAUUUACCAACAAUCAAAUACGAUUGAAAAGAUCUUUAUCAGAUUCCGCUAUAAAUAUCUACAGCAGUGAUGACCAAAAGAAUGAAAAUAUCGAUAACAUGUACGUGAUUCCAAAAAAACGUAAAAAAAUAAAUCCAUGUGAAUUGAUGGAACCAAACCUAAUAGCAGAGAAUUUGUGUAAUAUUAUUCAGACAAAUCGAAGAAACUCAAUCUCUACUUUAUACAAUGAAAAAAAUGUUUCAUUUUGCAUACUUAUAGAUAAUUCUUGUGUUUUAACAGGAGAAAGUGAGGAAUCGCAAAAAAUCUGUUUAGCUGAAAUAUGUGAAGAUGCAUGUGAUGAUGGGGAAUUAAAAGAUAAUAGUACAUUUACAUCAGAGAGUGUUAUAUUUGCAGAUGAAAUAUCUGUAAGGGAAGAUUUUAACACUAAUACAAAAAUUAAUGAAAAAUUUGAUACACUUUCUAACGGAUUUCUACCUCACUGUACUGAGGAUGAACGUACUGAAGAAAAAAUAUUUGGUGACACAUGGAUUGAAGAUGUCGCAUGUAUAGAAACAGUGUUUAGUGACGAUAUUGCAGAAGAUGUUGUACUUGAUGCGCCAUUAUCUCCAAACGAUAAUGACGUAUUUGAAUGUGAAGAUAUCAAAAAUGAAUCAUUAUUAUACAGUGACCACAACCAUUUAGAUAAAAUUAAACGUAUUUAUGGUAAUGAAAUGUGUAACGAUGACGCAGAGCUUGUAGAAACGUUAUACAGAACACCGCAAAUGGACGUAAAAAAAACUCUUGUUCGUAGAGAAUCUCAAUAUUUAGAUGAGAGCAGCCGUUAUUACGAUAAUGAUUCUUUAGAGAAAAUACUGUCCGAAUCAAACGAUAAAGAUCAAUUGAUACCUGGCGCAGAAUGUAGUAGACUUAAAACUGAUAUUUUAUGUUCUGAUACAAAUACGCAAGAUGAUAAAGAAAAUUUAGAAUUUGAAUUACCUCCAAGUAGUACUGAAAGUUACAAAAACACAUUAAUUGAUCCUGACAAUGAUGACAACUCACAUAAGUCUUCAGGUAAUAAUGAUCACGAACCAACUCAAUAUGACAUAGUACAUUCAUGUGAGUCAAGUUGUGGCAAUAAUGCAAUAUCAUAUCAACAAAAAAUUGAAAGCCCCAGAUAUUCUAAUUCUAGUUCGCCUGAAGUGUCUUCCACAACUUCUGAAGAAAAAAGUUGCGGAAUUUUACUAAAAAUAACAAACUGUAAUGGAUCCAUAUCAUCGCAAAUAAACGACUUUGAUACAAAAAACAAGAGAAAAUAUAGUUGUAAAUUUUCGGAAAAUAAGGAUUUGAAAAAUUACACUAACAACAUAUCUAACAAACGACCACUCAUUACAAAAGCUGCGCAAAAAUACAUUCCACCUUUAAAAGAAACAAUACGUGACCUCAAAGUGAAACUGCCUUUACCACAACAUAGUCUAAAUAAAUUAAAAAUAUUAAAAAUAACCAAAGAGAAACCAAAGCUUGAUAAAUGUCAUAACAACAAUCAUAAUUUGUUUAAACCGCACUUUCCAAAGAAGAAUAAACCAAAAUUUGAGGAUGUUCUUAAAAGCAUAGAUGAAAUCCAAAUUAAAAUGCAUAGGGAAAAAAAUAAAAAACAAAAGCAUUCUAUUCCAAAAGUAGUUAUUAAAAAAAAUGAAAAUGGCGCUCACUAUGCGAGUACGUCAAAUGAUGACACAUUCAGUCCUGACUUAACGGGUAGAAAAUGGCAACCGUGGGUAUUUAUAGAAAAAAACUACUUCAUUGACAAAAUGGCAUUAAAUAAAAAAGUAAAGGCUGUGUUCAGCCAUAGAAAGAAAACAUUUGUUUUAGCAGAAAAAUUUCGAAAAUAUAAAUCAGUUAGUGAUUCGAAAUUUGUUAUAUCUCAUCAACCAAAGACAGAGGAUAUAUCGUCAGGGAAACUAAAAUAUACAAUACGAUUAAAACAAAAAUACUAG